AUGUUCAAUAACUUCCUAGCAUCGUCACUCCUUUGGUAUACCUUUCUUCUGCUCAAUGAUCUACCGGCCGUCGAUGCCGUCAGGAUACCAAUUACAGGUCAGCGUGUGCAACGAUGGGCCGAAGUCAGGGGACCUGCAGCUGGGCGGUUAGGCCAUAUUAAUAGGGCGAGCAUUUCUGGGUCGUUGGACUUGCAAGACCAGGGAGAUGUUAAAUACUUCACGAAUCUCACGCUGGGAGGGCAGCCGUUUCAGGUCCUCAUCGACACGGGGAGUUCCGACCUAUGGAUACAAGGUUCUGUGCCUGGAGCGCAGGACACUGGCAAGACCGUCUCUGUAAAUUAUGCGAUAGGUGCCGUUAGCGGAUCUGUUAUGACCUCAACACUAACUUUCGAUGAUUUUACAGUUGAGAAUCAGGCAUUUUUGAAUGCAACACAGAACUCAGCAGGGGACCCAGGUAUUCUUGGCCUCGGACCCAACAGUGGUUCCGAUAUUUAUGAACAGUUCAACGACGAAACCGGGGAUACGGUGUUGAACAGGAUCUUCUUACAAAAUACGUCUACUCCGAAUUAUAUCACAGUCCUUCUCGGUCGCUCAGAUGAUGUUGCUGUACCAUAUCCGGGGGACAUAACCAUAGGUCAGCCCCUUCCAACAUACGAAAACAUCACGUCCCAGCCGAAGCUGUCGGUUGUGCUGGAUGGUGACAGUCAUGGUCAACAUUGGCAAGCACUACUUGACAAAGAUGGCAUUAUCGGUCCAGAUGGACAGCCAAUACAGGUACAAUCAGUGAUAGAAGGCUUGAGUCAACUAGUCACUGUGUUUGACACCGGGUAUACUCUUCCUCAGGUUCCUGCCGCCGUAUCUACCGCCAUUUAUGCUAGGGUUCCUGGUGCCAACUUUACGUAUGACGCCGCCGCCGGGAACGUCUGGACAAUCCCUUGUGACGUAGAGCUAAACGUAACUUUCAAGUUUGGAGGGGUAUCAUUUCCCAUCAAUCCCCUGGAUACAAAUUUGAAUUCCUUCACGGUAAAGAAUGCUGAUGGAGACACAGUUUGUGUUGGCGCCUUCCAACCGAUUACUACUGCGUCUGCACCUUCCUUUGAUAUGAUCCUAGGAAUGGCUUUCUUGAGAAAUGCAUAUAUCCUUGUGGAUUUUGGUGAUUUUGUUCCAGGGUCCUCUAGCCAAGCAAACCCUUAUGUCCAACUCCUACCGCUCACGACGCAGGAACAAGGACAUGUGGAUUUCGUGCAGGAACGACUGGGUGGCGUCGAUAAUACAUCUGCCCUACAUUUACUCCCAACACCUCAAACAGAAUACAAUGGCGGCACCAGUAGCUCUGAGUCACUGGACGCCAAGGUCAAGCCCUACCUUCCGUACAUUAUCGCCGGCAGCACAAUUGUCGCCAUCCUGUUAAUGGUCGUUACCCUCUACGUCCUGUCACAGAGGCGGCACAGAGAAUAUCAACGCCUACACGAUCCCGCACCGGUCGGCCUGCACUACGAACAGCCGCCAUUUCCUCGCUAUCAACGGCCACAUCGUCGCUAUUGA